UCGUAUCCCAUGACAACAAAACAAUGGCUCUUGGCCUCCCGAACUAUAGAGACACUUUUGCCGGAUUUAGCAAACACUUUUGGGCUGGAUCAAUCCCAAAGGAUAGAUGGAACGAGCUAGUGUGGGUCGACAGAUGGUACAAUCCUUUGGAUAAUAGAAGCAGGACUCCCUCCCAAAGGCACAAAUUCCUAGCACAAUCCAGACCAAACAUACCCCAACAAUGGACACUGCCAGAGAUUAGUCAACCUCUUGGGUUUUUCUCUCGUUCUAAGGAGCAACAAAGUCAGUUUCCUGAUCUGAAGACCAGGUGUGAGAGAUGGUCCACUCUGAGAGAAAUGCUGCCAUCAAGAGGGCACACAUUGUCUGCACGUCCACCAAAAUGGGGUACGAAUGAGUCCCGUCCACCAGUGAUGUCAGCAAGAAGGCCGAAAAGAUAUCCACACCUUAAUAGCCCCAUGACCAAUUAUAUAGAUGACAUGCACAAGAGUGAUCGACUUUUCAGACUCUAUUAAAUCUAUUUCAUCUCGGUAGCAAAUAACAACAGUAUCAAUAAUAAUAAUUAUUAUACAUUUAAAACUUUUUUGUCUAAUGUAUAUAAGUUGAUUUGGUUAAAAACUAAAAAA